GAGCUAUGGUUUAAACUCAGUUUUUCUUCAGCAGUGUUCGGGUGUGGUCCUGUAAAAUAGUUCUUCAACAUGAAAGUGAAAUGUGUGAUUUAUUUGACUCUGUUAUACUGUGUGUAUUGCACAACAGCUGCAACGACAACACCCUCAUCGAGUGCCAAUAAAAUACACUAUCGAUGUACAACACAAGGCUAUUAUUAUUCUGAAGCAAAAUUUUCCAAUGUAAUCAUCGACGAAUCAACAAUACCACUAUUCACAUGUGAUUCUACAUCACAGAAACAAACAGUGAAAUUCGAAAUGUCAUCAAUCCAAGAAGUACCCAAAAAGUUGUUCGACACAUUUUCCAAUUUAUUGGUGGCCAACUUUACCCGUAGUGGAAUCAAAUACAUCAAUCGAUACAGUUUGGACAGGGCAGUCAAUCUUCAAAAGCUGGAUUUGUCUAGCAAUGCAAUCGAACAGCUUAAUGCAAAUUGUUUUUCGGGAGCGACUGCCCUUCUUGAGCUGAAUCUUUCGUUCAACAAUAUCAGCUCAAUCGAUAAAUUGGCAUUCAACACACUAUUAAAUCUGAUAUUGCUUCGGUUGACUGGAAACAAGCUUCGAUCGUUGGAUAACAAAGUAUUUGAACCACUUAAAUCAUUGCGUACGAUUUAUCUCAACUCCAACGAGCUGCAGGUCAUUGAGUCGGGCACAAUUGCUAAAAAUACUAAACUGCAAUUUCUUCUUCUGCAAAACAACCACAUCAAUAUGGUUGAAGAAGAAGCAUUUUUAGUUGAAAAUUUAGAAGCAUCUUCGUCAAAUUUGACCAUUGUCUCUUUAAGCAAUAAUAAGCUAACGAAAUUGAAUUUGGGAACGAUAAAAGUCAAUCAGUUGUAUCUUACGAACAAUACGCUAGAGGCGCUUCAUCUAUCGCCGUGGAUUGGAACGGUUUACGCGGAAAACAAUAUAAUAUCGAAUGUUACAGUGAGUGAUGUGACAAACAUGCAACUAAAAACGUUAAGGUUGGCAAAUAACUCGAUCACAUCUCUAGAAUCGAUACAGCAAUUCCAUUCGCUCGUCGACCUGGAUCUGUCCAAUAAUCACAUCGGACCAUUGAACAUCACUAGCCUUGCAAAGCUAGCCAAUCUUCAGCAAUUGGGACUAGAACGGACGUUCAUUUCCAACCUCCAGCACGGAACCUUUGCACAACAACAAUCUCUCAAAUGGUUGGAUAUAUCCUACAACAACCUCGAUCGGUUUGACUUUGACAUUCUUACAUCAUCUGCAGCGCUUCAGCAGAUCUUUCUGGACGGUAAUCGGCUAAAGUCACUGAACUAUGAGCAUCUGAAGAAAACGUUCCCGGCGCUGGUAAAAAUCGGCUUGUCGGAAAACAACUGGAACUGUACAUAUCUGAUCCAGCUUGUGCGCUAUUGUAACGAACAUUCAAUCGAACUGUUCAAGUCCCAAGCGGUACAGAAUCAGACCAACGUCAAGGGUAUCUAUUGUUUCGACGACAAGAAUCCGCUGGCCAACUGGAACAACACAUUGCAACAUGUGCAGGCGCUGCAUCCUCAUCUGAACAGCACCACCGAGGAUAGUGCCCUGCAAACGUUGCUGCAAAGUGUGCUGGAUGACGUGAAACGGUUUAGUGAGAACCAUGCGGACGUAGCGAAUCAAACCAGCAAGCUGGAUGGUGCUGUGUACGAUCUGACGAAGAAUCAGUUCAACAUCCAGAAGGAUGUGAACAGUUUGAGACAGUCACUAUUCGAGAUACGGCUUGCAUUGGUGGCGAACCGUACGAACGGAAGCGUUGGGGCGGAUAACGACGAGCUACGGCGUAUGAUCGAGACGGCAAACAAUCUGACGCUGGACAAGCAGGAGCUGCGUGCCAAAACACUCGAGUUUAAGAUAUACGAGCAGACGUUUAAGGUGGAUAAGGCGUUGGAGUUGGCGCAGGAAAGUAUAGAUAAGAACACAGUCCUAGGCAAACGAGUCGAGCAGUGGAUCAGCAACAUUGUGAGCACGAGUGGUAUGUUGGGGCAGGAUCGGUUACUAGUACAUCAGAGUGCAGCACAAGUUGAAGGUAGCGGUGGAAAUGGCAAUGGAGUGAAUAUUGCAGUGUUGGUUAUGCUUUGUGUCCUAAUAGGGUUGAUCAUGAUUGGAAUUUUUAAAUUAAACCGUGGAUCGUACGGUGUUGAACGAAGGCGCUAUGCUAACAGAGAUAGCAGCAUGGCAACGAUAAUCAAUAAUGAUAUCUACAAUCACAUCAGUGUGAUUGAAGAAGGAGCAUUUAGAGACGAAAAAUCUACAGAGUCAUCGACAGCACUGCUCAUACUGUCUCUGAGCAAUAAUGAGCUAACGAAAUUGAAUGUGGAAAAAGUUAAAAUAAUUCAGCUGUAUCUUACAAACAAUACGCUGGAGGCAAUUCUCCUAUCGCCAUGGGUUCAAACACUUUACGCGGAAAACAAUAGAAUAUCGAAUGUUACAGUAAGUGAUGUGACAAACAUGCAACUAAAAACGUUAAGGUUGGCAAAUAACUCGAUCACAUCUCUAGAAUCGAUACAAUUAUUUCAUUCACUAAACGAACUGGAUUUAUCAAAUAAUUAUAUCGGUCCAUUGAACAUCACUUGUCUAACAAAGCUAGUCAUCCUGAAAGAAUUGAGACUACAGCGAACGUUCAUUUCCAACCUCCAGCACGGAACCUUUGCACAACAACAAUCUCUCAAAUGGUUGGAUAUAUCCUACAACAACCUCGAUCGGUUUGACUUUGACAUUCUUACAUCAUCUGCAGCGCUUCAGCAGAUCUUUCUGGACGGUAAUCGGCUAAAGUCGCUGAACUAUGAGCAUCUGAAGAAAACGUUCCCGGCGCUGGUAAAAAUCGGCUUGUCGGAAAACAACUGGAACUGUACAUAUCUGAUCCAGCUUGUGCGCUAUUGUAACGAACAUUCAAUCGAACUGUUCAAGUCUCAAGCAAUACAGAUUCAGACGAACAUCAACGGUAUCUAUUGUUUCGACGACAAGAAUCCGGUGACCAACUGGAACAACACACUUCACCAGGUGCAGGCACUUGAUCCUCAUCUGAACGGCACCACCGAGGAUAGUGUUCUGCAAACGUUGCUGCCAAGUAUGAUGGAUGACACGAAACGGUUCAGUGAAAAUCAUACAGACGUAGGGAACCAAACCAGCAAGCUGGAUUGGAUAAUACAUGACUUUACAAGGAAUCAGUUCACCCUAAUUAUUGCAGUAUUGGUUAUAGUGUGUCUCAUACUGGGAGUGAAUGUAUGGUCCAUCGUUGGUACAAAUGGAUAUGAAGACCAGUAUUAUUGCGAUCCUGAUUACUCCUCACAAACCUCAUUUGCCAAUGUAAUCGUCAAUGGAUCAACAGUGCCUAAUUUUUCAUGUAAUUACCAUUAUAACGUUCAAUAUGUGCAGUUUGAGAUGUCAUCAUUGGAAGAGGUGCCCAAACAGUUAUUCGACACAUUUCCUAAUUUGGUGUUGGUAAACUUUACCAUCAGUGGAAUCAAAUUCAUCAAUCGAUACAGUCUGGACAGGGCAAGAAAUCUUCAAAACCUGGAUUUGUCUAGCAAUGCAAUCGAACAGCUCAAUGCAAAUUGUUUUUCGGGAGCGACUGCCCUUCUUGAGCUGAAUCUUUCGUUCAACAAAAUCAGCUCAAUUGAUAGAAUGGCGUUCAAUACACUGUCAAAUCUGGAAUUGCUUCGGUUGACUGGAAACAAGCUUCGAUCGUUGGAUAACAAAGUAUUUGAACCACUUAAAUCGUUACAUACGAUUUAUCUCAACUCCAAUGAGCUGCAGGUCAUUGAAGCAGGUCUCUUUGUCGAAAAUUCUAAAUUGGAAAAUAUGCUUUUGCAAAACAACCACAUCAGUAUGGUAGAGGAGGGAGCUUUAGGAACCUUCAUAUCUACAGAGUCGAUAGUUUCUUUAAGCAAUAACAAGCUAACGAAAUUGAAUCUGGAAAAGAUAAAAGUUACUCACUUAUAUCUCAACAAUAAUACGCUGGAUACUCUUAAUCUAUCGCCGUGGAUUGGAACAGUUUACGCGGAAAACAAUAUAAUAUCGAAUGUUACAGUGAGUGAUGUGACAAACAUGCAACUAAAAACGUUAAGGUUGGCAAAUAACUCGAUCACAUCUCUAGAAUCGAUACAGCAAUUCCAUUCGCUCGUCGACCUGGAUCUGUCCAAUAAUCACAUCGGACCAUUGAACAUCACUAGCCUUGCAAAGCUACCCAAUCUUCAGCAAUUGGGACUAGAACGGACGUUCAUUUCCAACCUCCAGCACGGAACCUUUGCACAGCAACAAUCUCUUAAAUGGUUGGAUAUAUCCUACAACAACCUCGAUCGGUUUGACUUUGACAUUCUUACGUCAUCUGCAGCGCUUCAGCAGAUCUUUCUGGACGGUAAUCGGCUAAAGUCGCUGAACUAUGAGCAUCUGAAGAAAACGUUCCCGGCGCUGGUAAAAAUCGGCUUGUCGGAAAACAACUGGAACUGUACAUAUCUGAUCCAGCUUGUGCGCUAUUGUAACGAACAUUCAAUCGAACUGUUCAAGUCCCAAGCGGUACAGAAUCAGACCAACGUCAAGGGUAUCUAUUGUUUCGACGACAAGAAUCCGCUGGCCAACUGGAACAACACAUUGCAACAUGUGCAGGCGCUGCAUCCUCAUCUGAACAGCACCACCGAGGAUAGUGCCCUGCAAACGUUGCUGCAAAGUGUGCUGGAUGACGUGAAACGGUUUAGUGAGAACCAUGCGGACGUAGCGAAUCAAACCAGCAAGCUGGAUGGUGCUGUGUACGAUCUGACGAAGAAUCAGUUCAACAUCCAGAAGGAUGUGAACAGUUUGAGACAGUCACUAUUCGAGAUACGGCUUGCAUUGGUGGCGAACCGUACGAACGGAAGCGUUGGGGCGGAUAACGACGAGCUACGGCGUAUGAUCGAGACGGCAAACAAUCUGACGCUGGACAAGCAGGAGCUGCGUGCCAAAACACUCGAGUUUAAGAUAUACGAGCAGACGUUUAAGGUGGAUAAGGCGUUGGAGUUGGCAAGGGAAAAUAGCGAUAAGAUUGUAGUUCUAGCGAAACGAGUCGAGCAGUGGAUCAGCAACAUUGUGAGCUCGGGUGGUGCUGCUGGUAUGCUGGGUCAUGAUAGGCUGCCAAUCCAUCAGAGUGCAGCACAAGUUGAGGUCAGCAGCGGAAAUGGCAAUGGGCUGAUUAUUGCAAUGUUGGUUGUGAUGUGUCUCAUGAUGGGAAUGAUUAUGUUUAUUAUUGCAAAAUUCAUCCGGCGAUCGUACAGUGUUGAACGAAGGCGCUAUGCCAACAGAGAUAGCAGCAUGGCAACGAUAAUCAAUAAUGAUAUUUAAUUCUAAAAUGCAUUGUGUUGCUUAGAGUUUGCUGUAUCAUGACUGUUAAAAGUAAAAACUUA